AUGAGCAGAGUCGAAGAAGAACCCAGUAGUAGAGAGUGGUUCAGAACCAGCAAAUUCAAGGGCGGGUACCCGAAGACGGCGACUCUGCACUACUACUUCCACGACACCUUGAGCGGGCAGAACCCGAGCGCGGUGCGGGUGGUCCCGUCACCCGUCGCGAACCGGACCUUCACCUUCUUCGGGCAGAUGACCAUGGUGGACAACCCGCUUACAGCAGGGCCCGACCCGUCUUCCAGGCUGGUGGGCCGGGCCCAGGGCCUCUACGCCUCGGCUGGGCUGGAGCAGCUGAGCCUGCUCAUGGUCAUGAACCUUUACUUCCCCGACGGGCCCUACAAGGGGAGCACCUUGGCACUCCUGGGCCGGAACGCGGCGCUGGAGAAGUAUCGCGAGAUGCCCAUCAUUGGUGGGACCGGUGUUUUCAGAUUUGCGUCUGGUGUUGCACUGGCCAACACAUAUUCCCUCGACUUGACGACUGGUGACGCUGUCGUGGAAUACCAUGUUUUGGUGUCUUACUUUUGA